AUGGUAAAGGGACUUAAGGGGCAUUGUGAGACGUUUCAAGCGCGUGGGGAACUGAAUAAGGGACUGAGGAGAAGUCGCUCCCGGGAAACUCCGAGAUGCAUCCGAAGGUUGGCUCAGGACGGUCACUCGACUCACACCAAAUCUCCGGAGUUGCUGAACUUGAGUUUGGAGGGUAACAUAGGAUCUGGCAAAAGUACGUUUCUUAAAGAGGUAGUAACCGGUGGAAUGCAUCUCAAGGGACUGGCUAAAGCUGUACCAGAGCCCGUACACAGUUGGCAACGUAUACCAUGCGGACGGUCGGAACAGGCGUCACACAAUCUGUUGAAGGAGUUCUAUGCGAAUCCCGAAAAAUAUGCGUACGUCUUUCAGAACUACGUGUUCAUGACUCGUUUUCUACAAGAGCGUGAAAGUGAAAGUUCAGAGAGCACUAAUUUGCUCAAAAUCAUGGAACGAAGUGUCUUCUCAGAUCGUAAUGUUUUUGUUUCAUCUGUACAGGAACAGGGUUGGUUUUCAGAACUUGAGCUCGAUCUUUACCACGCUUGGUCGUGUCCGAUGAUCCGAGCGCUCCCCUGUCUGGUACCAGAUGGCUUCAUAUAUUUGCAGGUUGCACCGAGCGUUUGCAUGAAGAGACUACGACAGAGAGCAAGGGGCGAAGAGAUCGAUGUGACAUUAGAGUAUCUGGAAUCUUUACAUGCCAAACAUGAAGGAUGGCUGUCUAAGAACGUGUGUGAAGUUGUUGCGGGCGACAGCCGCGAAGUGCUACGCGUUGGAUCCGUGACAGAUGAAAUAUGUGGAGUUUUCAAGGAGAGGCCAGUGCUAUUACUUGUGUUUAAUGACGUAUCUUUCGAGGAGGAAACAGUCGAGGGUCUAGAAAAGAAAGUUCUUGCGUUUUGCGACUAUGUGCGCGCAAGGGAAUAG